UUCUCCAGAGAGAGCGCUCCUCCUCUCCACGCUGCCCCGCGGAUAUCUCACUCUCUCAGUGGACACUUUUUCACCAGCGCGCCGGUCAUUACGUCUGUCUCUGCACUGUUAGAAUCUUUCGUUGAAAGUGGAUUUUUUUAAACUCUGCUGAGAUCGCCGCUCGCUUCAUUACGAGGAUCAAAGAAGGAUGGAGCUGCUCCGGUAAAGUUUUCAUCCGCCAAGGAGACGCUGUCGGUCGGCGGGAGCGGAGACGCUCCUCCGGUACUCUGACCGUGCUGCUUCGUGAGCUGCUCUCGCCGAACCAGUGGCGAUGGGCUGCGGCCUGAGGAAGCUGGAGGACCCGGAGGACAGCAGCCCCGGGAAGAUCUACUCCACCCUCAAGAGACCACAAGUGGAGACCAAAACAGAGACGGUCUACGAGUAUGUGCUGCUGGAUUUCAGUCUGGAGGGAAGUCGUCCUACGGUCCAGUAUGUGGCGUCGCUGUCCGAGCUACCGCAGGCUCUGCAGCCGUACUACACGCAAGGCUACGUCCUGGCAGCCAUCCACCCCAUCAUCCUGUCUGUGGGACGAAACCGCUCGCUUCCCUUCAGCCUCCUGUACAGAGCCAUUCUGGCGCGGCCUCGACCCAGUAAACAGACGGCGUCCAUGUGUCACAGUGUGCCGGCGCUGAGGGUGGAGGAGUGGCCAUUGCCUGGAGAGUCGCUGACAGGAGACACUGUCCGGGCGCUCAUCGACAGGGUCAACAGCAGCGCCCGCGGCGGGGUCCGCUUCGUCAGCUCCGUCCUACAGCAGGUGAGCAGGAUCAGCAACGGCAGGGUCCACAGCCCCAAAAGAGGCUACCGCUCACCGCCGCGCACCCCUCCACGCACGCCCCCUGGAGACCGAGAGCUGGAGGAGAACACCUACAGUCCAGACCUCCGCUUGCUGGUCUUCUUCCACUCCUGGGCUCCUGGCUGUGCCCCCCUCGGCUCCUUGGCAUGCCAGUAUCACCAGGGGGCGCUGUCCAUGCGCGUCUCCAGGAAGGGUCAGGUGGUCAGCGCCCUAGAGGCUGACUGGCUGGAGCUGACUGCGGCGUACUACCGAAAAGGCUGGUCGCUGGUGGACUCCUUCGUCUACUGGGACACUCCCAAGGGCGAGCCGGUGCCCAGAGCUCUGGAGGGACUGUUUGUGUACGAGGAGCAGAGCAGCUCUCCUCCUGCCAACGACACCAUCGUAGUGGAGCAGUGGACGGUCAUCGAGGGCUCCAACGUGAAGACGGACUACGGUCCUCUGCUGCACACUCUGGCUGAGUUUGGUUGGCUCCUCACCUGUGUGCUGCCCACUCCCAUCAUCCGCCACGACAGUGAUGGAAACUUGGCGACAAAGCAGGUGGUGUUUCUCCAGAGGCCGGUAAAGAACCCAGGUGCAGCUCCGCAGAGGAACCCGUCCAUUUCCGUGCACAGCGACGUGUCCAGUCGCUCGGUCAGCCGCUCGGUCAGUCGCUCCCUCAGCAGCCCGCUCCCAGUGGAGGAUCCUUCCUUGGCCGCCGGUGGCAUCGGCGGGUUCCCGGUGUUUGGUGGCGGGUUCCCCAGCGCCAUGUCCCAUUUGGAGGAGGGGGGGUUCGAGCAGGAAGAGGGAAAGGCUGAGGUCACUUGUAUGUGAACUCGAAUUGUGAUCCCCCCCCCCCCCCCAUAAAAAAAAACUCCACCAGUUGCCACGGUGACCACAGCCCCUCUUUCUUUUGAGAUUAUUGAGCACUUUCUUUUUGAAGCCAUGACUGAAUAAUUUUUGUCCUUGUUCUAGAACGUGACCAAAACAGUAUUCAGGUCCAAAAUUGAUUCCACUUGAUUUAAAAAAAAAAAAAAGUUUCCAAAAUUUUAAUAGCUUCAAUUUUGGAGAACUCACUUCACUAAAUGCCAAAAUACAAUAUAAAAAUUCUGGGGUUAAAAUGAUGUAAAAUAUUUGUUUCAAAAUGUGAGGUUAAAAUACCUUACCUAACGCAAGCUCACGUAUGUUGUAUGACAGCGGUGCGGUUCUUAAGUAUCACACUUGUUCUCGAGACACUGGUGAAACUAAAAUGUGGGUUUUAAUUUAUAUCCGUUCCUUCACCUCAUUUUGAGACCUGCUGGACCUUCCUCCUCACUGACCCUGAACAGUCACCGAGCCAGAUCUGAGCUGAAGACUUUAGACUCUGAUAGUCACGACCAGAUGCUGAGAGCAAACAGUAUCAUGUGGACUUGAAGUGGUUUUAUCUCCAAUGGUACAGACGCUGAAACAAAACUGGACCAUGUUUCGUGUGAAAAACGAUUGCAGUAUUUUCAAAAUGCAGAAUGAAAAACCUUCAUGUAACUAGCUCAGCAAUUGUAAAUACUGGUGUUUUCAUGCCUCUUUUUUAAUGGUGGUUUAAGUCCAUAAAUGUUUUAUCUAAUGUUACAGCGCCACCUAUAGAUCAGCGUUAACAUGCCAGUCUUUUUGCCUCUGACAUUUUGUAUCAUAUUAAAUGUAUUUCCUGUCACUGUGUCUUCUCAUGUUUACUCUUGCCACUUUCACUGACUGAGGACUGUUCCUCACCCUGGUCCUGGGUUUUUUUUUUUUGUUCUUUAGAUGCACCAGAAAAACGUCAACACUUCAUCCAGCUCUACUCCUAGUCUCAGGCAGAUGACAAAGCUGCUUCAAUAUCUCUCAUUUUCUCUUUUCAAACACACAAAACCAACAUGAAUAAUAGGUCUUUUUUAUUAACAGACAUCAUGAAAAUGUCGACAGUAACAAAAUUUUUUAGUCCAUUAAAAAAAAAAGUGGGCAGGAUUAAUAGGCUCCUCCCACAAAAUAACUUAAUGACAGUAAAGGAAGUGAGGUUGUGCUCUGAGGAGUC